ACUUACGUUGCGUUGUAUUUACUGCGUGGAGCGGUGUGGAUAUUAUUUUUACGUGUAGAACUUCUUGUCGCUGAAAUAAAAGUAUCGGCACAUUAUUCGCAAUGUCGGAGAUGUCAGAAUCAGAGUACGAUUCGUCCGAUGAAGAGUUGCAAGAGGCUUUUGCGAAAGGAUUACUGAAGCCAGGACUCAAUGUCGCGAUUGAAAAGAGGGAGUCCAAGAAUUGCGUUAAUCUCAUGAAGCAAAAGUUGACUGAAAUCAAGCUGGAUUUGCCAUGGAUUGAAAGGCUAGACAUGGUAAAUGCACCAGCACCAUUAGCACCAGAGUUGGUAUUGCAGAUGCAGGAGCAGGAAGUAAGACGCGCUAAGCAACUAAAGGGAAACAGAAAGCUGCCUCAGUACGAACCAUCCGAGGACCCUGUGUUAAAUGAUUUUCGCAGGGAAACUAUGUUUCAUCGUCAAGCUCAAGGUGCUGUCAUGGAUGGUAUUGUUAGAUUGAAGAAACUAGGGAUACUAACAUUCAGACCAGACGACUACUUUGCAGAGAUGGCAAAGACCGAUCAGCACAUGCAAAAAGUAAGAGACAAUUUGAUGAAGAAGCAGAUAGUAGCACAGAGAUCAGAAAGAGUCAGGCAAUUAAGGCAACAGAGGAAAGUAGGCAAGCAAAUGCAAGUUGAAGCGACACUGAAGAAACAAGCAGAGAAGAAGAAAAUGUUGGAAGAGAUUAAAAAGUACCGUAAAGGUGCUCGGAAGGACCUUGAUUUUCUGGAAGACAAGAAACCGCAGAAUAAACGGCCAAAUCAUAAGAUGAAUCCAAAGAUGAAUUCAAAGGUACAAUUGAAAGCAAAGAUGAAGAAUGCGAAGUACGGUUUUGGAGGUAAAAAACGCGGCAGUAAGCGGAAUACAAAGAGUAGUUCUGCUGACGUUUCCGAGUACAGACGGGCACAGAAGCCCGGGAAGCGAGGGACGAAGGGAAAGGCAAAUCAAAGGUUAGGGAAGAGUCGUAGAAUGCAAAUGAAAGCGAAGAAGAAGCACUGAGAGAUUUUUUCGCAAUAGCAGUAAGCUUAAUUUUCUUAGACGAAUGUAUAUGUUGCAGUAUAGAGAAACGAUGUGAUCGAACUUUUGAUUAAAGUAAACUUGAUAUAAAA